GCCCCCUCCCCAGGGGAGCCCUCGCUUCCUCCACGCCUGGCACCCCUCACCCAUCUCAGCCAGGAUGCCAACGAGGCGCUGGGCCCCAGGCACCCAAUGCAUCACCAAGUGUGAGCACACGCGCCCCAAGCCCGGGGAGCUGGCCUUCCGCAAGGGUGACGUGGUCACCAUCCUGGAGGCCUGCGAGAACAAGAGCUGGUACCGCGCCAAGCACCACGCCAGCGGGCAGGAGGGGUUGCUGGCGGCGGGCGCACUGCGGGAGCGCGAGGCCCUCUCGGCGGACCCCAAGCUCAGCCUCAUGCCGUGGUUCCACGGGAAGAUCUCAGGCCAGGAGGCUGUGCAGCAGCUGCAGCCGCCCGAGGACGGGCUGUUCCUGGUGCGAGAGUCCGCGCGGCACCCGGGCGACUACGUGCUGUGCGUGAGCUUUGGCCGUGACGUCAUCCACUACCGUGUGCUGCACCGCGACGGCCACCUCACCAUCGAUGAGGCGGUCUGCUUCUGCAACCUCAUGGAUAUGGUGGAGCAUUACAGCAAGGACAAGGGGGCCAUCUGCACGAAGCUGGUGAAACCCAAGAGAAAGCAGGGCACCAAGUCAGCGGAGGAGGAGCUGGCCAAGGCCGGCUGGUUACUGAACCUGCAGCAUUUGACGUUGGGAGCGCAGAUCGGAGAAGGAGAGUUUGGAGCCGUCCUGCAGGGCGAGUACCUGGGACAGAAGGUGGCCGUGAAGAACAUCAAGUGCGACGUGACAGCCCAGGCCUUCCUGGACGAGACGGCGGUCAUGACGAAGAUGCAGCAUAAGAACCUGGUACGUCUGCUGGGUGUCAUCCUGCACCAGGGCCUCUACAUCGUCAUGGAGCACGUGAGCAAGGGGAACCUGGUGAAUUUUCUACGGACGCGGGGCCGGGCCCUUGUGAACACCCCCCAGCUCCUGCAGUUUUCCCUGCACGUGGCCGAGGGCAUGGAAUACCUGGAGAGCAAGAAGCUGGUGCACCGAGACCUGGCCGCCCGGAACAUCCUUGUGUCCGAGGACCUGGUGGCCAAGGUCAGCGACUUUGGCCUGGCCAAAGCCGAGCGGAAGGGGCUGGACUCCAGCCGGCUUCCAGUCAAGUGGACGGCACCCGAGGCUCUCAGACACGGGAAGUUCUCCAGCAAGUCGGACGUCUGGAGUUUCGGGGUGCUGCUGUGGGAGGUCUUCUCAUACGGCCGGGCUCCGUACCCCAAGAUGUCGCUGAAGGAGGUGUCAGAGGCCGUGGAGAAGGGGUACCGCAUGGAGCCCCCCGAGGGCUGCCCGGGUCCCAUCCACGCCCUCAUGGGCAGCUGCUGGGAGGCUGAGCCCGCUCGCCGGCCGCCCUUCCGCAAACUGGCUGAGAAGCUGGCCCGGGAGCUGCGCAGCGCGGGCGCCUCGGCCCCCAACGGGGGGCAGGAUGCAGACGGUCCCACCUUGCCCCACAGCCAGGAGCCCUGACCCUGCCUGCGGGGCCUCGGGCCCCAGAGGACUGAGACAGUGGUGGGCACAGGGUGGGGACUCGGGCCAGGCCUGAGGAGGGGCAGGGCCAGCGAGCUGCCCGCCCGGCUCACAUCACAGGGGCAGGCUGCGUCGGGGUGGUCUCUGGGCAGCCCGUGGGCACCACGGCCCCAGGGAAGUGAAGGACUAGCGCCUGGAUAAAGACUGGUUCCAAGGA